UGUGUGCGUGUCUUUACUUCAGUUUGACUCAAGCUUCCUUCAGGCAAGCUACGUCAGCUCUAUCAGCAUUACGCGGAGUAUACUUUGGUAAAUAAUCGGACUAAACUAUCAAAAACCCAGAAUGAAUGUUAUGCAAUCAGGAUGGUUCAGCGAAGUGAACGAUUAUCUCUGGCCUGGCGUUGCACUUUCAUUAGAAGUAGAAAAGGUCCUGCAUCAUGAAUGCUCUAAGUAUCAAGAUAUCUUGGUAAUAAAAACAAAAUCACACGGCAAGGCUUUGAUACUCGACAACGUGAUACAAUGCACGGAAAAAGAUGAAUACGCCUAUCAUGAAAUGAUAUCGUAUUUGCCGCUUUGCAGUCAUCCGAAUCCUAAGGACGUUUUGAUAAUUGGAGGUGGCGAUGGUGGAGCUGCUCGAGAGGUCGCAAAACAUCCGGAUGUGGAGCGUGUCACGUUGGUGGACAUUGAUAACAGAGUAAUUGAAAUAUGUAAGGACUAUUUGCCUCGUUUGAGCUUGGGUCUUAACAAUCCUAAAGUAAGCAUUCACGCUUGUGACGGCUUGCAAUACCUGAAGGAUCACCACGGAAAAUUCGAUGUCAUUAUUACUGACAGUUGUGAUCCCGUAGGUCCCGCCGAGCAUCUUUUCGAACAACCGUAUUACGAACUAUUGAAAGCCGCGUUAAAACCUGGCGGAAUCAUUGCCAGCCAGGCUGGCACAGUGUGGGAGAGCAUAGAACAAGUUAAAAACACAUUUGAGCUUUGUAAAAAUACAUUUCCCGUUGCUGCCUACGCAGUAACAGCUGUACCGACGUAUCCCACGGGACAAAUUGGUUUCGUCAUGGGAAGCUUAGAUGACAAAACAAAUUUUACAGAACCGAUUAGAAUAUUCAGUGACGAUGAUCUCGAUGAGAUGGAAAUGAAGUACUACAAUGAUAAAAUACAUCGGGCUGCUUUUGUCUUACCCAGAUUUGUAGAAAUGAAAUUAGUCAAGUAA